AUGGAGGGCCUAACAGUCGUCGCACUGCUGUUGUCGACGCUGUUGGUCGAAAGUGGCGGAACCAAAUACGAGCCCAACUGGAAAUCUCUCGACGCCAGACCACUUCCGGAGUGGUUCGACCAGGCCAAGUUCGGCAUCUUCAUCCACUGGGGGGUCUUCUCUGUGCCGAGCUUCGGCAGCGAAUGGUUCUGGUGGUUCUGGCAGGGGCAAAAACAGGGGGCGUACGUCGACUUCAUGAAGAGGAAUUAUCCCCCGGAAUUCAAGUACCAAGACUUUGCUCCCCAGUUCACUGCCGAGUUCUUUGAUGCCAAAGAAUGGACGGAUAUCUUCGCCGCGUCUGGGGCAAAGUAUAUCGUCCUGACGACAAAACACCAUGAAGGAUUCACUCUGUGGGGCUCAAAAAACUCCUGGAACUGGAAUGCGGUGGACGUGGGACCCAAGAGAGACCUGGUGGACGAAGUGGCGAGUGCCCUGCGUGCCAACAGUGACCUACGUUUGGGGCUGUACCACUCGCUCUUCGAGUGGUUUAAUCCGCUCUUUAAAGAGGACGCUGCCAGUGGGUUCAAAACAAACUUCUUUCCCGUCGCUAAAACGCUGCCUGAGCUUUAUGAGCUCAUCGUCAAGUACAAACCAGACGUGGUGUGGUCUGACGGGGACGGAAAUGCACCCGACACUUACUGGAACAGCACGGGUUUCUUAGCUUGGCUCUACAAUGACAGUCCCGUGCGAGACACGGUGGUGACAAAUGAUCGGUGGGGCAGUAACUGCCUCUGCGCCCACGGCGGAUAUUACACCUGCACAGAUCGCUACCAGCCGGGACACCUGCUCAAACACAAAUGGGAAAACUGCAUGACCAUCGACACAAAGUCCUGGGGCUACAGGCGCAACGCUCAACUCAGAGACUACCUCACCAUAGAGCAGCUCGUGUCGACAUUAGUGGAGACGGUGUCCUGUGGCGGAAACCUGCUGAUGAAUGUCGGCCCGACACACGACGGACGAAUCGCUCCGAUCUUCGAGGAGCGUCUGAGGCAGAUGGGUCAGUGGCUGAAGGUGAACGGAGAAGCCAUCUACAACACGACGGCGUGGCGAGCUCAGAAAGACAACGUCACCAAGAACGUCUGGUACACCGCCAAACCGCAGGAAAAGGCCAUAUUUGCCAUUUUACUGGACUGGCCCAAUAAUGGAUCCGUGAUUCUCACCGAACCCGUGGUUACACAAGGACAGACUCAGGUGGCGCUUCUCGGUCACGGGUCUCUGCAGUGGGAGCCUGCGAAGCCCAGCGGACUGCGGGUCCUCCUGCCGCCGCUGUCCUUCAGACAGAUGCCGUGCCAGUGGGGCUGGACGCUGAGGCUGACAGGGGCCACUUAAAGUGGGGGGGAAACAAAUCCAAGAUCACCUGGAAGAGGAUCGGACGAGAGCUGGAAAAGCCCAGAGCAGAGAAGGGAAGGGAACCGGUGUUUGAAUCACUUAACACAAACCUGUGGCUUGCAUCAGAUUUGUCUCUAUACUGAAAUUAGUGAGAAAAUCUAAGGGAAAAGGGAAAAUGAAGCAUGUGCACUGUAGUGUCUUUAACUGACACUGAGAUUUAUUUGACUUUUAAAUUAUUUUUAUUAAAUCAUAAAAGAAGGACAGAAAAUUUUAACAUAAUCAUUGUUUUGUACGGUGACCUUUUCACAUUCUAGCUUUUUAACUAAGGGGAGUUAUUUUUUUAAUCUACAGGCUACAUGUGAAAAAUGUGACCUUUUGUAUUCAUGAAAUAUGACAACAUGCUUUAAGGAGUGAUUUGUAUUUUUUUUUCCACAAUUUCUCUACAUUUAAAAAAAAAAUGUAAACAUGUUCGAUGAAUGUGGUGAUGUUUGUUUUUUUGUGGGUUGUUAAAAUCAAUAAAAAUCAACGAUGAAGUCAAACUUA